UAAGUUUUUGGCAUGCGGCCUACUCGCUAUUAUAGUGACGGUUUUUCGCUCUUCCAUUACGCGCGUAUAGUCGGGUGGCUAUACCGCACCCAAUCAAUCAUCCAUCAACAACGAAUAACGUGAGAUUGCCUAAGGAGAAAACACUGUAACAUCGCUGCUAUCCUCUGUUCUGCAAGUGAUCGAAGUAAAAUAUGUGAUGCGCAGGAUAACCUUCAGAUCUUCAUUCACUCCCGACCUGUGCGAGUACUAAUGAUAACGGUACCUUGUUGGUAACAGCUUUGUUUACAAGAUCUCAUCUUCUUCGACAGAGGAUCAAACAACGCCGGAGAUACCAAAGCAACUCUCCGAGUCUCCGAAACAAUACAUCAAAACAUGAUAAAACAACACCAUGCCACGAGGCUAGACUGUUGGCUUCUCCAUUUAACUACCCCCACUUUCUUUAAUUCCCCCGGAUCCCUUGAUAUUACCAAAUAAGCCAACAACACAUUCAAACAUCCAACCGACCGUCUGCUGGAAGCCCUACACGAGAUGUUCCAUAUGGAUAUUCAAUCUCAGCCAGAAUACUUCUGCAAGGGUUGUGGCCACGUCUAUGAAGACAGCCCAGACCAUCCCGCGCAUGGCGAAAAAUGCACCAAAUGCGACAAGGUGCUGUUUGACAGGGUCAAUUGGAUCAAGCCUGGUGAAAGACCUAUAGUAAGGAACACAUAUACCUUUUGCAACUUCAGAAGUUCAUACUGUACGGAAGUGGGAUCUUACUGGCAGGACGAAGAAGAAGGAUUAGAAGACUUGUGUCGGAUAAUGAUCGAUAACAGCGAAGUACCAGAAAACACAGCACGGCUUUCGCACAAUUGUCGUAAUAAAUAAUACAACAGCAUGAGAAAUGGCAAGUCCAUUAGAGUUACAUGUAAUCCCGUUAUCAAAGAGUAUUCUC